AUGCAAAGUAGUUCACCACUCGUUCUAGACAAGUAUGUGGCCAAAUGGGGGUUGAUGACCCAAUGGAAGUCAAAUGUUUGGAACCUGACGAAGCUUGGGAUUUGUUCCGUGAAAGUUGGGAGAAACACAUUAGAAAGCCACCAGAUAUUCUUGAGCGUGCGUCAAGUUGCUAGAAAAUGUCGUGGUUUACCAUUGGCGCUGAUUAUCAUCGGCAAAAAUAUGGCGAGCAAGAGGACGGUACAAGAAUGGGAUGAAGCAAUCGACACUCUUGCUUCUUCUGCAGAAUUUCCUGUACCAACAGUUGAGAACUGGACAUCUGUGAGAAGGAUGUCGUUGAUGGAUAACGAGAUUAAGAAGAUAUCUGACACUCCAAAAUGCCCUGAGCUUACAACUCUGCUCUUCCAAAAGAAUAGGAUGAGAAAUAUCUCAGGUGAAUUCUUCAAGUAUAUGCCCACGACUGCGGUGGUUACUGAAGUUGAAAAAGCUAAUAUAUCUGAAUUUGGAGUCACGCAACUUGAGAGUAUUUCUGGGAUAUCAAAUCUGUCGAGUUUGAGGACAUUGCGGCUAGCACAUUCCAAAUGUCGGAGAUCUCGACGGAAUGAAGGAACUGCAGCUCUUAGAACAUUUAGAAGUGGUGACCUAGAUAUCGGGUCAUUUGGUUGCAGAUCAAUUGUUAAAUGCUACUGCUACCAGAGUAGAAUGCAUUCAAGAGAUACAAUUAAUUUCAUCCGGGAAAAAGACGUAUUGACUAUUCCGAAUAUGGCGGUUCUCAGUACGCUCGAUAUGUAUAGUGAAAUGGUGGAGAUAAACAUAGAGAGGAGAACAUCAUCGCUGAACAAAAUGCCAACAACUUCAGGCUUCCCAAAUCUCUCCCAGUGA